GGUAUAGUAUGGAUAAUCUGCUCCCUCGGAUACAUGGUAUCGAGCACAGAUGCAGAUCACUAUGUGCUCUGGAGGGCGAACAGGAGGUCGUAUCCUUUCUGGUCGGUACUCAAUCUAUGAAACAGGACAACAUAGUGCACUUGUUUGAACUUGACGAGGAGUUUGGGGAGCUGAAUGACAGAUGUUACCACCACGAUGCUGGCGAGGUGUGGCAUGUUGCUUCCUCCCCUCACUCCAGGGACCUUAUAUCCACCUGUCAUUCUCAUGUUGAGAGCGAGGUGAACCUAGAGAGUGGAGCUACAGUGUGGAGGCUAGGUGGGGCACCUGAGGAACCUAAACUGGAGGAGCUGGGUCAUGUGUCUGCUCACAACUCUAAUAUGCGAGCAACAGAGUGGGGUGUAGAGGGAUGUGAGGGGUCUCUCUGUUCCCUUGGAGACACCUCCCUGGUCCAGUGGAAGAUAGACAGUAAUGUCAGGGAACACAGUUUCUGUGAACUCCCAAAAAGGAGCUGCCCCACUUCACUUCGGUGGAAUCCUCACUCCUCUGGUAACCAAGUAGGGAUAGCCUCAGACCAACACAUCCGACUACACGACCUGCGCACUAUGAAGUGCACCACAGUACUCGAUAACGCCCACACCCAGACAGUACGAGACCUGGACUUUAACCCCAACAGACAGUAUUACAUGGCCACCUGUGGAGACGACUGUGCCACCAGGUUCUGGGACACCCGGAACUGCUCACAACCCCUUCUCUCCUUCUUCAACCACUCUCACUGGGUCUGGAAAGUCAGGUACAAUCUGCGAGAUCAACUGUUACUAACGGGAGGGAGUGACAGUAAGGUGGUGUUACUGAAUGUGGCCUCUCUUGCUUCUACUGAUCCUGCUACGGAGGAUGAGGAGGAGGAGGGGGAGAAGGAGAUCGAUCACAACAAGGAGCAGAUGAGAGAGGGUGUAUUAGAAGAGUAUGACAAACACGAGGACUCCGUCUACUCUGUAGCCUGGUCCACUGCUGAUCCCUGGCUUUUUGCUUCUCUCUCUAAUGACGGUAGACUUGUCCUCAACAAGGUCUCCAAGGAGAUCAAGUUCAGUAUUAUUCUCUGAAUGAGUCAGCGCUGAGAGUUGUUUUAUGCGGCUCUAUAUUAUGAGAAGUUACAUGAUGACUAUGUUAGGUCAAAUCUUUUAGCUUUUGAACUGUUAUUAAAUAAUUUCAAAAGACGUUUUUGUUUAUUGACGUUUAGAUUUUUUUUCUUUUUGAUGAUUUAAAUUUAAUGCUGAUAAUGUUUCUGUAUUCGGAUUACCGCUGGACGGUUAUGGUUGUACUGUAAAUAAUAUUGUAUUAGAUAAACUGAAUUGAC